AUGCGGUCGCGCCUCGGCGCGGUGCUUGCGGUUUGUUUAGGCACCAGAACCCCGCAGCGGAGCACCGCCGCGGAAGAAAUGAAGACCAAGACAACCUCGCCUCUCGGAACUUUUUUGCAGAGCGCCAGGCGCGGGAAGCAAAACAGACUGCCCGCAGAUCGACUGACGAAUCUGCACAAGCGUUUCGUUACCGCCAUCCAGUGGGUGCCGCCCGCCGCGGUGGCGUCCGAAAGUAUCCGGGCCCCGGGGGAGGGGGGCUUCAAAUUUGCCUGGAGGCGGAACGCCGCAAGCAUUUCGCGCGCCAAAGCGACAAAGCCUAUUGGACACAACGGCCCCGCCAGGUCCUCAGUGGGCGCGGUGGGAGAGCUGCCGCCCCGGCCUGCCACACCUCGCCGCGCAAGCGCCUGGGCCGCCUCUCCCUGGCGCCGACCCCCUCAAGGCGACUGCCCUGCGCGUGCCUCCGCCUGCUUUCCCUACCGUAUGCGCGGGGAGCCUUUACGACACCCCCAGGCACCGACCCAUAUUGCUCACUUUGCGAGUGUUGUUUGGCGUUGCCCGCCGCAAGGGCAGCGCAAUCGCGACGCCAAACAACACUCGCAAAGUGAGCAACAUGGGCCGGUGCCUGGUGCAAAACUCUUUGGUGCGGCCUUAACCGGCGUGGGCUUCAAAUUGGCAAAUGACCCAAUGCAGGCCACGCGCCUCAGUGGUCGCACAAGUGGGGCGUCGAAGCACACCGCGCGCCCAUUUCUGAUGGGAUAUGUCCUCAGCGUGCUGCUCCGCGGUGGCGACGUGAUUGCCCCAUGCACGGUCUCUGCGCGCCUCCGCGGCCCGGAAGCAAGCCAUUGCGACAGCAGCGAGGCGUUUCGUGGCCUAAGUGUGUCUACGGGGGGGCGCCGCCCGUCCGUUUGGAAGCCCACCUUCCCCCCACCGCGGAAGAUGCUUUAG